AAAAGUUUUGGCAUGCGUCAGGCAAAAUCAGUGGCUGGAGGAGACAACAGAGACGGCACCAGAUACGAGCAGUCAUUUCUGAGCGAGAAGCAACAACGAAGACAACACAAAGACACACACGCACACGCGAGACAACGUCACAUCAUGGCGAAGCUGCUUGUUAUUGCAGGGGUGUUGGCCCUGCUGAGCGCAACUGCUGUACGCGCAGCCACCGUCAACUGCCAGCCGGUCAAUGGCAACGAUCUCAUCCGCAAAUGCGGCAAGCAGUACUUUGACCUUGCAUCCAUCAAGGGUGCCGAUGGCAAGUCACUGCUCACCGCCAAGGACACAACCAACGGGUACAUGUACUACGUGCAGUUCACCAACAACGGCGUGCCAUCCAAGCUCCCCAACUGCACCCUGCAGGACAGCUCCGUGCUCGGCGCGCAGGUGCGCCUGGACGGCCAAGGCUGCUACAGCCUGGCCAAGGCCAACCUCAUCAACUGGGCGUAUGACAACUCCACCAACGACCUGACCAUCACCGCGACCGGUGGCACAAACGGGCGGUCCAUGAGCAUCAAGGCGCAAUGCCAGUUUGGCGCCAAGUACACCAACAUGCAGGAGACGGGCGAGUCUGGCCUCACCUACAACUUCAACAUCAACAUGCCCAGCAAACACUGCACCAACUCUCCCCCUCACGGCCCCAGCCACAAUGGCAAGAAGAAGACGGACGGCGGUGCCAUUGUCCUUGGUGUUUUCUUUGGCGUCCUGCUCGGUUACUUUGUGCUCGGCGCCGUCUACCUCGGCGGUGCGCAGGGCAGGCGCGGCGUGGAGAUGAUCCCCAACCGCGAGUUCUGGGCGUCCCUGCCCGGCCUCGUGCAGGACGGCUUCUACUUCACCACCGCCAAGCUCAAGGGCACCGCUUCCCGCGGCAACUACGCCCAGAUCUAGAUUGCGCGCGCUCAGCAAGCGUUGUCGUGGCCAACCCCCGACAAUCCUCUUUUCGUUUUGCUUUGAUGUGCGUCUCGGGGGUUUUCUUGAUUCGCUCGACCUUUUGUUCUCCCCUUGUUCCUCGUUCUUCGUCUUCUUCUUUUUCGCAGCGUUCCACAAGUGUGUGUCUGUGUGUGUCUGUGUGUCUGUGUGUCUGUGUG